AUGGGGCAAAGUGAGGGACCGGUAGAGGUUCCCAGUAAUGGUACAGUGUGGCAAAGUGACGGACCGGCAGAGAUUCCCAGCAAUGCCUCAACGCCCCGCAGCGAUGUGCUGGUGAGCGUUCGGUCGGUGCUGGAAGACGAGCCACUGCUGGUGCAAAAAGAGCUGACGGUCGACGAAGAGGACGAAGCGGACGAAGCAGUGGAGGAGACUGCACCGGUACUUGCGCCUGCUGCCAAAGUGUUCUUCUUGGACGGCAUUCGUGGCCUGGCCGCUAUCUUAGUCGUCACGCAGCACUCGCACGAGUACAUGCAGGACCUGAACUUGGGCGCCAUUGCCGUCGACUCGUUCUUUGUCCUGUCGUCGUUUCUGCUCACGUGGCUCUUUAUGCGGAAGAGCAUUCGCCUGCUCGAUGCCCGAGCCGGAGCGCGCACGUGGCUCUUCGCCGUGGCCGACUACCUGUCGAGACGCUUUUUCCGCGUGUAUCCGCUGUUUGCUAUCACGUGCAUCGUGCUGUGGUGCAUGACCGACGCCGAUAAGGACAACUACUACCUGGUCAAAGGCACUGGAAGCUACGACCUGCUCAAGACCCUGACGUUCGAGUUUCACCACCGGUACCACGUCUUUUGGACGCUCCCGCUCGAGAUCACGUACUACUUUAUCAUUCCAGUGUUUGUGCUCGUGACGCUCGCCCUGCGGAAGUUCUGGUGGGUCCCCUUCGUCCCGGCCUACUGCUGGGUUGUCUACGAAGGCUGGAACGAGUACCGCACGAGCCACGCGCCGUUCCGUCCGCACAUUCCGACGUUCCUGGCAGGAUCGAUGGCGGCCGUGAUUUUCCUCAAGCUCGACACGUGGAUGAAGGCCAAUGAGUUCGAGUUCCGGCUGGUCCACAAAGUCGUGCUGCGUGCGAUUGAGUUCACGGCGAUUGCUCUGUUUCUCAGCAUCGCCUUCCGCGGCCUCUUCUUCAUUUGGGUGCACGCAAACAUAGCGCCGACGACCCCGGGAUUCCCAUUCACGAGUGUGCUCUUGACGAUAAUUAUCGUGUCCGAGAUGCUGCUACCGUCGUCGGUGUCGUCCGUCUUCGGGUGGAGCGUCUUGCGCCAUUGGGGCAAGAUCAGCUUCUCCGUCUACCUGCUGCACACGUUUGUUAUCUCGAACAAGAGCGUGAACCACCAGUCGAAUUACUACUGCCGACUCUUCUCCCGCUUCGGACUGAUCUGUGUGCUGGCUACGACUUCGUACUACGUGGUCGAGUACCCGUCUCAACUAGUGGCAAAGCGCGUCACGAAGGCUCUCAGCGCGCAGGAAGCAAAGGGCUAUAAUUACGCCUUACCGAGUCAGUGUGAUGAUGAUGCAGGCAAACCUGCGGACAAAUAA